AUGCUCUUCUUCUCAACACUGGCACUCCUGUGCUUGUUACCCCUCAUCGCCCUCGCCGCAGAAGACUACUACAAGCUCCUCGACCUCGACAAAGACGCCUCGGACAAAGCGCUGAAAAAGUCCUACCGACGCCUCUCCAAGAAAUACCACCCGGACAAGAAUCCCGACGACGAACAGGCCGCGCAGAAGUUUGUGGAAAUCUCCGAGGCAUACGAAGUGCUCUCCGACGAGACCCUGCGCAGGAUCUACAACCAAUACGGCCAUGAGGGGGUCAAGCAGCAUCGGCAACAGCAGCAAGGCGGAGGCGGAGCGAGGAAUCCAUUCGAUCUGUUCAGUCAAUUCUUCGGUGGGGGAGGACACUUUGGGGGCCAGAGACGAGGCGCGAAUAUGGAAGUGCGAGUCGCAUUGCCUCUGAAGGAUUUCUACACGGGCGCGGUGCACGAGUUCAAGAUUGAAAAGCAGGUCAUCUGCGACAAAUGCGAAGGCUCCGGGGCAGAAGAUGGGGAGAGGGACCACUGCGACCGGUGUCAUGGACAGGGAAUGGUGAUUCAGAAGCAGAUGCUCGCGCCGGGCAUCUUCCAGCAGAUGCAGAUGCAGUGCGAUAAGUGUGGUGGGAGAGGACAGAUCAUCAAGCACAAGUGCAGCAAGUGCAAAGGCGAGAGGGUACUGAGGGCAGAAGAGGCGUUCGACAUCAACGUGGAGAAGGGCAUGCCGAAGGGCGCGAGGAUCAACUACGAGAACGAGGGAGACGAGAGCCCGGAUAUGGUUGCGGGAGAUCUGAUUGUGCAUUUGACGGAGCAAGAGCCCAGAUUGGCGGAGAAGGAGGCAGAUCGCACAGACGGCACGUUCUUCCGACGGAAAGACCAGGAUCUCUUCUGGCGAGAAGUCCUCUCCCUGCGGGAAGCAUGGAUGGGUGAGUGGACACGGAACCUGACGCACCUAGACGGCCACACCGUCCAACUCUCGCGGAAACGCGGCCAAGUCGUACAGCCGGGCUCCGUCGAAGUCAUUGCCAACCAAGGCAUGCCGAUCUGGAAAUGGGACGGCAACGGACCCGAGUACGGCUCGCUACACGUGGAAUACGUGGUCGUGUUGCCCGAUCAGAUGGAGAAGGGCAUGGAGAAGGAAUUCCACGGCGUCUGGGAGAAGUGGCGGAAGAAGAACGGCGUGGAUCUGCUCAAAGACAGCGGCAGGCCGGAGCCCAAGCAUGACGAAUUGUGA